AUUCUAAUGCUUUGUGCUUUCUAUUUUGUUUCUUCAUAAAUCAUUUAACUAGUCUUGCUGCUCAAUUGUGUAGUUUUAGAGCAAUAAAUCAUGAGAGAAAUGGUAGUUGGGAGGCGACGGUGUACUGUCUACUUUCUUGCUACCUUUCUAGCUCUGUUAAAAACAUCAUUGCUUCUAGCAAAUGGUCAAGCUUUUGAUUAUCCAUCAAUUGCGACGCCUCCAGGCACUUGGAUUAACAACAACUCAGACUCUAGUUGGGACUUAUAUGGGUUGACACUGAAACCUAUCUUGGUCAAUGGGGAUUUUGUUUGUGGUUUCCACUGCAAAGUUGAAGAAAACAACAGCUGCCUCUUUGCUAUCUCCAUCUUCAAUUUCACUUCCAUCUCUUACAUGAAUUCACAAAUCGUAUGGUCGGCUAAUCGAAACAAUCCAGUUGGACGUGGGGCACAAUUGCAACUUUCCCAACAAGGGGAUUUAACGCUGCAAAAUGUUGAUAGCACUCUGAUUUGGUCUACAAACACAACAGGUAAAUCUGUUUCGGGUUUGAAUUUAACUGAUCAGGGUAACCUUAUGCUGUUUGAUGGAAACAAUGAGAUGGUUUGGCAAUCUUUUGAUCAUCCAACAGACUCUUUAGUUCUCGGACAGAGACUAGUUUCUGGGCAGAAAUUGGUGGCAAGUAUGUCUGACACAAAUUGGAGUGAGGGUUUAUAUUCAUUUUCAAUUGAUAAUAAUGGUUAUUUUGUUGCUUCUGUGGUGUUAGAUGCUACCAUAGUGUAUUACAAAUCCAACAAGUCUCAAUUAAGUAGCCAAACGGGGCAGUUUUAUGCUGAGCUCACUAACACAAGUUUCGGUAUUGGUCUUUCUCCAAGAUCUGGAGUUCGUUUUAUACAAUUGGGCUCUAAUGGCCACUUAUGGUCUCGGACUGGAGUAGUGGAAUGGCCAACGCAUGAUUUGUUUAAGAACCAAGUCCAUGAAUGUGAUUAUCCAUUGGCAUGCGGAAAUUAUGGAAUUUGUUCGGCACAAGGAUGCAGUUGCCCAACUUACUUCAAGCAGAUAGAGUCUUUUCAGUCCCAAUCUUAUACAUGUUCUCCAUAUUUUCCAAUAUCAUGUGAGUUUCCUUACCAACACAGUCUUAUUGAGCUUAAGAAUGUUGAUUAUGUUCUUGGAGUUAAUUAUCACAUAACAGACACCGAGAGCUGCAAGCAAGCCUGUUUAAAGAACUGUUCUUGCAACUAUGUUGUUUUCCAACCUAAUAGUAAUUCCUCAUCAUCUGGAAGGUGCUUUUUAAGAUCUAAAGCUUUUUCAUUCAAGAAAGUGAAUCCAGAUAACUAUCAAUCUGUGUUUAUAAAGGUGCAAAGUUCAAUUGUGAAGCCUCCUGUCUCUUAUUCUAACAUCAUCUCAAACUCUAGUUGGAUAUCAGAAGAGCUGAUACUGGAACCCAUCUUUGUCAAUGGGAAUUUUGUUUGUGGCUUCCACUGCAAAUUAAAAGAAGACAACAGCUGCCUCUUUGCUAUCUCCAUCUUCCAUUCCAAUCCCUCUAACCUCAAUUUCAACUAUUCUGUGGAUUUAAAAGUGGUAUGGUCUGCUAAUCGAAACAAUCUUGUUGGACGUGGGGCAAAAUUGCAACUUUUCCAGCAAGGGGAUUUAACACUGCAGGAUGUUAAUGGCACUCUGGUUUGGUCUACCAAAACAGCAGGUAAAUCUGUUUCCGGAUUGAAGUUAACUGAUCAAGGUAACCUUAUUCUGUUUGAUGGAAACAAUAACACGGUUUGGCAGUCUUUUGAACAUCCAACAGACUCUUUAGUUUUCGGACAGAGUCUAGUUUCUGGGCAAAAAUUGAAGGCAAAUUUCUCAGCCAUAGAAUGGAGGGAGGGUUUAUAUUCAUUCUUAAUUAAUAAUGUUGGUUAUUUUGUUGCUUCUGCGGGGUCAGAUCCUAACCUAGUCUACUACCUUUCCGAUGGGUCUCGAUUAAGAAGCAAAACUGGGCAAUUUUAUGCUGAAUUCAGUAACACAAGUUUUGGUGCUGGCCUUUCUCUAGGAUCGAGAGUUAGUUUUAUACAAUUAGGCUCUGAUGGGCACCUAAGGUCCUUUAGGUGGGUAGAAUCAGGAUGGGAGGAAGACGAUUUAUUUGAAAAACAAGUCAACAGAUCUGAUUACCCACUAGCGUGCGGAAAAUAUGGAAUUUGUUCAGCGACAGGAUGCAGUUGCCCAGAACUAGAUGAAAACAGAACAUACUUCAAGCAGAUGAAUUUGGAUCAACCAGAUCUUGGGUGUCUUCCAUAUGGACCAAUUUCUUAUAUAAAGAGCUGCAACCAAGCCUAUUUAAACAACUGUUCUUGCAAGUUUGCUGCUUUUCAAAAUACUGAUCCUAAACCAGCAACUGGCUGGUGCUCGUUUGGAUCGGAAGCUUUGUCAUUUAAAAGAGAAGUGGACACAAAGUACAAUCUAUCUGUGUUUUUAAAGGUGCAGAGUUCUUCAAUUGAACAGAUUCCACAAAAGGAUCUUCCAUCACCUAGAAAGAGAAGACAAAAUGUAGCAGUUAUACUUGGAGCCACUCUUGCAUCCACUUGUAGUGUGCUUCUUAUCUACACUCUCCUUUUAAUACAAACUAAAAAAGAUCCAAAGAAUGUUGAACAGGAUUAUCUUGGCCACAUAUCAGGGUUACCCACAAGAUUCUCUUAUGAAGAGUUAAAGGUUGCAACCAACAACUUUAGCAACAAGCUCGGUGAGGGAGGAUUCGGUAGUGUUUUUCAAGGAACAUUACCUGGUGCUGCUCAAAUUGCAGUGAAAUGCCUUGAUGGUUUUGGCUCUGUAAAGAAGUCAUUUAUAACUAAAGUUGAGACCAUAGGAAGCAUUCACCAUUUCAACUUGGUACGGCUGGUUGGGUUUUGUGCUGAGAAAUCACGUAUGCUUUUGGUUUAUGAGUACAUGUGUAACGGAUCGUUGGAUCAAUGGAUCUUUUGCAGAGACAAAGCACUUGCUCUUGAUUGGCAAUGCAGAAGGAAGAUCAUUCUAGACAUAGCCAAUGGUCUAGCAUAUCUCCAUGGGGAAUGCAGGCAGAAAAUAAUUCACUUGGAUAUCAAACCCCAAAACAUCCUUUUGGAUGAGAAUUUGAAUGCCAAGGUUUCUGAUUUCGGGUUGUCUAAGCUAGUAGGGAGAGAGCAAAGCCAAAUUGUGACAACAAUGAGGGGAACACCGGGUUAUAUGGCCCCAGAAUGGUUGAACUCAAUAAUCACAGAAAAAGUAGAUGUAUAUAGCUUUGGCAUUGUUGUUCUGGAAAUUUUAUGUGGUAGAAAAAAUGUUGACCGAUCUCUGCCGGAAGAGGAUGCCCAUUUGGUAAGCCUUUUUAAGAGAAAGGUCGAGGAUGGUGAACUUUUGGAUCUAGUGAAUAAGUAUAAUGUGGAGAUGCAAUCAAAUGCCGUGGAGGUAGUGGAGAUGAUGAAAGUUGCGGCAUGGUGUUUGCAAGGUGAAUAUGCUAAGAGGCCUUCAAUGUCCAUGGUGGUGAAGUUCCUAGAGGGCAAAAUGGAUGAUGUAAACGAAUGUGAUUUCUCAAAUCCACCAGCACCUGCUGAAGUGGAAACUCUCGGACACCAAAUGGAUGCAGCUGUAGUUACUGCUUCUCCACUAAUUCCAUCUAUCUUAUCCGGUCCAAGGUGAUGAUACGGGGGAAGAGAAGACAUAAAACACGUGCUGCAAUGUGUUUACUCGAUCAACCUCAUUUCUUCCUUCCAAAUGCUAAGCAAUUGAGAAAGACUAGACCAUCCAAUUAGCAAAUCCAGGAGUAGAGACUGAUGCUGAAAGAGAAACCGAUGGAUAAGCUAAUUUCUUUCCUUGUGCGUGUGGUUUUUUGUUUCUUUUUUUUUUUUUUUUGGUCCAUUACAAAUUUGUCAUUUUACAUUGAACGGAAAACAGUUGCAGUACUUUUGUUUAAUUGUUUUAAUUUCUGUAUGAAAAAUGUAAUACUAUUAGCUACUUCAACUUCAAACUGGCGUUGCAACUCUAUUAAUAUCUAAUCCUACCAAUUAAUAAUGUUUAUUGUCUGAU